AUGGAACUUCUUGACGGUCUCCGCCGAUUUAUAGCACGAAGAGGAAAGCCAACACUGAUAAUAUCCGAUAAUGCAACAAAUUUCACUCUAGGACGUGAAAUAAUAGAAACGUUAACUGAUCGAUUUGAUGUUGCCACGCAAUCAGUUAAUAAGCAAGAGGAAAGCGCCAAAUUUUACUGA